UGGAUGAACAAAGCAAAGUAGUGCUCCGAAAAGUGUACCGAACUUUUAUAGAGAAUCUAGAUCCAAAUUACGUCAUGGACUUUCUUUAUGAAAUUGAUGUUUUUGACGCAAAUACUUCUAUGCAGUUGCGAAGCAUCAAAUUUAGAGGGGACAGAGCUCGGACGUUCAUGUUCCUAGUGACUGACAUGGAUAAUAUGACAAUGGAAAUUUUAUACGAGGCGCUAAGGAAUACUGGGUACGGGUUUUUAGCAGAAGUACUUCGCCAGUCAUCAUAUAACUCAGUUUCCGUCCAACGUAAAGCAGAAUAUUUUAGCAAGUUUCGAAAAGAGUUAGUUGUGUAUAGACAUUAUAUGAAGCGUCUAAGUCACGCAGGAGAUCACGUGACUUUUGAAGAAGAUUUUUUCAAAGCAGAACAAAACUGGAAAAUUGUUGAAAACUCAGGUUUGAGUAAUAAACGAUUUAAAGCUGCAGACAUAUAUUUUUUCGCCCUAGGUGCAUGAUGUGAGUAUAAAAGAGUGAUAUAUGAUAAAAAUCUUAUGUAUACCGACGUUUUCGAUAAGAUGGAAAAUCUGAAACCUUAUUUGUCAGAAGAAAACCUACCAGAAAUGAUGAGACUUGUUCGAUAUGGCUUGGCCGUUUUAAUGACAAAUAAAGAUGAACUAAGUACCGCCUUAGACUAUGUGAAUGAUGCAAAAAGCAAAUUUGACUUAAUACAUGCUUGUAGGGAAACGGGUACGGUUUUAUACAUUGAGUAUAAUAUGCUGUGUCAGAAAUACGCCGAAACUUUGGAUCCAGGUCUUAAGGAACAACUCAAUAACAUUGCUAACAAAGCGAUUGAACAUUUUGCUGUUGAAAUUGAAUUUGAUGAAACUGUGUAUUUGGAUUUCAAAAGAAUGGUGCUGUUAAAACUGUCACAUCUUCUCUUGGGUAUAGGUAUGUUUGGCGUAUAUCUAGAUGUUUCUGUUACAACAGAAGACAAACGUAAAGCCAAAGGUUUUUUAAGAUCAAUAAAAGAGACUAAAGAAAGUUGGAAGAGAAUGGAAACUCGUUGGAAGUGGUCAUACUUUACAGCGAAAGCCAGACAUUUCGGUUUAGAUUAUGAUUUCUCAAACGCUAUAAAAUACACAGAAAAAGCACUUCGUUAUGCUACAAAGGGAGAGUAUUCAAAAGAAAUACUAGGAUCUCAAAAUGCUCUCAAUAUAUACAACAAUUUGUGUAAACGAAUAAAGGGAAUUCACGAUCAUGAAUAUAAAACGACAACCCCAUGUAAUGAUACCAAAGAAGACAGUCGAAUGCAAAGACAAUAUGACCAAAUAGAAUUUGAGAUAGAUCAUUCUUUAAGUAAUUUAGAGAAGUUAGAAAAUGAAAUUAAGAGGUCUAAAGAAAGAUUUUUAAAACUAAGAGAAAAGGUAAAACAAUCCAGAAAUAAAAGAUACAAGAAUGGAAGUCAAUACAGCCGUGAAAGUAAGUUAUAAAAAAUCAGAUUAUUUCUGGAAACUUCGCAUGAUACUGGUGUAAUUUUGUUGAAAUAGCGGACAAGACAGCAUAUUUCUAAA